CCUAAUUUUCACAUUUUGUUUGUCCCUAGCACCAUGACUAAGAUAACCCGAACACCAGUUGAAAACAAAAAUAAGUAUCGAUUGCUGGUUACAGCUGGACCAGGAUAUGAUACAGCAUAUCAUGCAAUUGUUCCUGUCAAUCAGCAGGAGACAGUGACUUUCGAGAACGAUUUGGCAAUGGUAAGCCUUUGUGUUAGGAUCAAAAAUUAUAGAGGUUAUCCCGAAGGGUCUCCUGACACACACACCUAUUUUUCCUGCCCUCUUCACAAGAGUGAAGAAUACUCCGUCACCUUUGCAUUUCAGCUGAAAAAGGCCAUUUCAGGGGACAGCUUAAUCUUCGGCAAUGAUUUCGACAAUCCAAUCCGAGAUCGCUUACCUCCGGGGUUCAACACUGCCUUGCGCAUUGUGAGAUGGAUGAUUGAUCCCGGUAUUUAUGGUGACGCAUAUGCAGAUAAACCAUAUCUAUAUGGUCCUGCACUUUCAAUGCGUUUAAACCCGUGGAUCUUUGGAAGAAGGGAUAUUCACUGGAGACUGCAAUUAGGUUCGGAAAUUUGGCGAAAUGAGCUACCCAAUGAAGUGAUUCAGGAAGGUGGUCAAGCCGAAGGGGAAAUCGCUAGACGCGAAAUGAACAUUCCGAAUCAGGCACGUCAGAGACAAAAACAUUUCCUCCAAGGGGAAAACCGCCAGCUGUUCUGCUUUGAACCUGGCACCGUUUAUAAAGCAAACUUUGGAAAUGGGUAUAUCGAUUUUCAAAGAUCAGAUUUCUCUUUAAAGCUCCCCUGUUUGACCAUACCAGUCAUACAGUACGUGAAUGAUAUGAACCACAACCUGCGGUAUGUAUUGAAAGAUAGGGACAGCGGAGAAGUUAUCUUCGCGUUAGUUUUUAAGCUUAUUUUUGAGGAGCAAGUUUGUUAUCAUGAUACCAAUUGA